GAAAGAUUAUGGAUGUUAAGAGAUAUUAUUGAAGGUCUUAAAAAAAUUCAUGGAAAUAAUAUGAUCCAUCGUGAUUUUCACACGGGGAAUAUAUUAUUAUCACUUGAUUUUAAUAGUUAUGGCAAAUCUGGAAAUCCGUCUAGUGAUUUAUAUAUUUCAGAUAUGGGAUUAUGUGGAGAAGUUGGUAAUGUAGAUGAAACAAAGAUUUAUGGAGUUAUGCCUUAUGUAGCCCCAGAAGUAUUAAAAAGCAAACCUUACACCCAAGCAGCAGAUAUAUACAGUUUUGGUAUGAUUAUGUAUUUUGUAGCAACUAAAAAACAACCCUUUGCAAAUUGUGCUCAUGAUAAUAUAUUAGCAUUAAAUAUAUGUAAUGGAAAUAGACCUAAAAUCAAUGAAAACGAGGUUCCAAAAUGUUAUGUUGAUUUAAUGGAAAGGUGUUGGGAUUUAAAUCCAAAUAAUAGGCCAAGUGCUAUUGAAGUAAGUGAAUUGAUUGAA